GACAAUGAGCGUUCACUUAUAGACGAUUUUAAAUUCAAGAUUUUUUAUCUGUUUACCAUUUUAUAGUUCACUUAGUGCCUAAUCAAAAUGCCAGAGUUUUUAAAUAUUUCUCCAGCAAGAGUGGUAGCCUCAGCACCUCAUUCCAGAUCUGGAUCGUUCAAAUCAUCAUCAUUGGACGUGAUUCAAACAAGACAAAGAACUAACAGUAUGCCGACCUGUGCAGUGGAACAUGUCCAAGUAAACAAGCAAUCGGUGAUUCCAACAUUUUGCAGAGUGCGGUCUUUCAAAACUACAUCGAAGGGUGUAGUGGAAAAUCGUGGUGAUUGUUUAAAAGAAUGUGGUAGUAAUAAUUUGAUGUCUUCUGGGAAUACAGUCACUGAUCGUAUACCACCUCCAUCAUACACCACUACAGAUUGUGAUGACCAUACCAGUCGUCCUGUCUCUUGGGCUCCCUCUUACUUCACUGUUGCAAUGAUUGGUAGUUCUGGUGUUGGAAAGUCCAGUUUGUCCAGACAGUUUCUUACAUCUGAUUAUGUUGGUUAUGAUAAUAUCAACGUUGAAAAUGAUGAAGGAAAUAAAACGGUAUCUGUGAUUUUGAAUGGUGAGGAAUCCAUUAUGGAAUUUGUGGAAAAUCAAGAGAUUUCGGAAAUAGAAAACUCCCAAAUUGAUGCUUUUAUUGUGGCCUUCUCAAUCACCGACUAUUCUUCGUAUAUGCUUGCAACGAACAUUGUCCAGAAUCUACGAAUUAACAUGGGAACAGACCGAGCCAUUAUAUUGGUAGCUAAUAAAAUAGAUCUAGUCAGACAACGAAAAGUUAAUGCAAAUGUUGCCCGUACAUUUGCUGAUAAAUAUGAAUGUGGUUACUUAGAAACAUCAGCAGUAUUAAACCACCACGUUGAUGAACUACUUGUUUCCAGUUUACAGCAGAUUCGACAAAAACUGAGUCCUCCAUCUCAAACUACUUCCCGCCAUUCCAAUAAAUCUUGUUCAAAUAAGAAAUCAUCACCAAAGAAAGUCAUGGCAUUCGUCAGCAAAUUCCUUCAUCUGCAUUCUCAGAAAUCCCGAUCCUGCAAUAACAUAAUGGUCUUUUAA